AUGCCCGGCCGAGCACGGGAGAGCGUCGCGGGAGCCGUGGCAGAGCGCGGGGUAGAGCGCCCGAGCAGCGGACUGCGGUUUGGACUGAUGGUGGGGAUUGGAGGCAGAAUCCCUAACCUACCAAAAGGUCUGGACAUCCGUCUCGGAGACGUGGUGAUCAGCCAGCCUAACAGAACGUUCGGAGGAGUGGUUCAGUACGAUUUGAAGGAGAAUGUGGGAAAGGAGCGAUUUGAACGUAAAGGAUUUUUGAAAUCACUACCGACUAUACUGCUGGCUGCACUUUCCACUCGCGGGCGGAACAUGAUCUCGACGACAGCAUGGUUCCCGAUAUACAGGCGGACAUCGUCACGGAACAUCCUAAUUUAG